UCUCGCUCUUCCUUUGUGAUUCCUAGUCCGCUGAAGUAGCUCUUGCGGAAUUGUGUUUGCCAGAGUUUGCAGCAUGGGCUUGAGUUGUUACUCAAGGCAGUUGCAGAGGGGAAUUCUGUGAAGGAUGGAGUCCAUUGGGGAGGACGCAAUCGGAAAGCUUGGAUGGCAACGGAGCUUCUUCACGAAGGGUGUGGCCAGCUUUGGAGGAGGAAGAAGAGAGAGCGAUGGUGGGUUGUGAAUUACAGAAUUGAUCCCCCAGAAUUGGAAUGAAUAAGCAUCGUGGGUACGGUUUAGGAAAUUAUUAUUUUGGCUGCAGCAGCUAAUUGUGGCGCUGCAAUGAGGACAAGGACACGCCAAUUGGGGAAGUCUGGGUGCAUUGGAUUGACAAGUUGAAGGAAGACGAUGGGGGAGAUUUGGAGAGGGUUCCCUACAAUCAGACUCGUCGUUGACGUUGGGAAGGAGAUGUUGAAUUGUGAGGAUGGGAGUUCGGAGGAGGAUUAGCUGGCUGUGGUGAGGCAGGAACCCUGGGGUAGAGGGAAUGCGGAGAUAGGGAAGAAGAUUAGAGGGCAAAGAUGGUGGGGUUUUUUUCUUGCUUCAGGAGAGGCAGCAGCGGUGCGAGCAAUCCGCAAGCAUUUCAUUUCUCCCCACCGUUCAAUGACCCCUUUGCUCUCCCUCACAUUAGCGACCGGCUCAUUAUGCCUGCAAUUGAAUCGAACUAUCGCACCAAGAGCGGGUUCGGUUGCUCCUCAUUUGAAAUUCUAUCUGAUAAUCUCGGAAGUUUCUGCAGCUCAGUGACUGUUGGUUUGAUAGAUAGGCAUCCUGAUGGUGCUGCUGCGAAUUGUUGCGAUAGGGGCAAUUCUAUUGAAGGAUCUGCGAGUCCGAAGGUGGAUGCCAACGAUAUGCGUCGCAUCUACGUGCACGAUGAUGAUCGUGUACUGGUCAAGAUUGUUCAUUUUGGACACCCCAGCUCUGUGGGUAUUGAAUACGAUGAGAAUGGAAAUUGGCAAUUUCGGCCUUUAUGGGCUAGGCGUGCCGGCCCGCGUGCUUGGAUAUAUUUCAAUCCCGAACAGGUCAAAGCAGCCAUUGUGACUUGCGGUGGAUUAUGUCCAGGUCUAAAUGAUGUUAUCCGCCAAGUAGUAUUCACAUUGGAAACAUAUGGAGUGAAUCACAUACUGGGCAUUCAGUACGGCUUUAAAGGGUUUGUUGACAAGAAUUAUCCACCCAUCAAGCUAAGUCGGAAACUUGUGAAAACCAUCAACAUGGAAGGGGGCAGCUUUCUGGGCGUUUCGCGAGGUUGUCCUCCUCUGAAGGACAUUGUGGACAGACUUGAGGAAUGGAACAUCAACAUGUUCUAUGUAAUUGGGGGAAACGGAUCUCAUGCAGGCGCAACUGCUAUUUAUGAACAGUGCGAGAAAAGGAAGAUGAAAAUGGUGGUUGUGGGGAUUCCUAAGACAAUCGACAACGAUAUUGAAAUUCUGGACAAGACGUUUGGCUUUGACACGGCAGUUGAAGAGGCACAGCGUGCCAUCAACGCUGCUUACACUGAGGCAAGCAGUGCAUACAAUGGAGUGGGUAUCGUGAAGUUGAUGGGUCGGCAAAGUGGAUACAUUACCAUGUAUGCAACAAUUGCAAGUGGCCAAGUAGACAUUGUGUUGAUACCCGAGGUGACUUUUACGAUGGGUGGGAAACAUGGAGUUCUUGAAUAUAUGAAGCAAAAAAUUGAAUUGAAUGGCAUAUGUGUCGUAGUGGUUGCAGAAGGUGCUGGACAGGACCUUCUGGAAGGUGUCGGGGGCCUCGAUGCUUCCGGGAAUCCUAUUCUUGGCGAUUUUGGAAAGUGGUUUACGGGCAAAGUGAAGGAAUUCUUUGCAACGCAGAAAAUACCAAUCGAUGCCAAAUACAUCGACCCUACCUACAUGAUCCGAGCCAGGGUUUGUAAUUCAGGCGAUCACAUCUUUUGCAGUAUACUCGGCCAAAAUGCGGUUCAUGGAGCCUUCGCAGGAUACACGAACAUUACAAUAGGGGUUGUCAACACACACUACUGUUUCUUACCCAUCCCCAUUGUCAUCAAAAAGCCUCGCAUGGUGGACCCCAACAGUGUUAUGUACCAUCGUUGUGUCACUAGCACAGGUCAACCCGAUUUCAAUGCUCCAUUACGUGUACCACAGCUAGCAACCUCUCCUGCAGGUAAGCAGGGCUCUCUACAGCCGCAUCCUCCACCGUCCCGGGGGAGUAUUCCAAGGGGAAGGCUAUGAUUGGACAAUUAAUAACAAUUUAUCGAAGCUUCGACCUCAAAGCCAUGUAGAGACGCUUAGAGGACUACCUUGAGUUUGGGUUUAACGUCGGAGGUAGUAUGCUGCAACCCAGCGAGGGGAGUAAUUUUGUUGCAUGAUCAGCAACUAUCUAGAACAUGUGUUACUACAGCCAGUCGAGGUUGGUGGUGCCUUGAUCCACUGCCCUUUCUUCUAGAGCUUGAACCACAAAUGCGGAAUAGAGUCAAAAAGUGUGAAAAUGUGAUGUUGUCUGUGGAUAACAUUUACAGCUCUGCGACUUGCCACGAAUACACUGUUAUAAGAUACACUUCUAGAACAUCAAAAAAGCUGGCCAACUAAGUAAUCUUGUUCUGUCGGUGUGAGGUCUAAAAGUUAUAAAUAAUAAUAAAAUAAUAAGAGAAUCCAAGCAUUGAUGGAGGAGGCUUGAGGUAUAUUUGCUUUU